GAGGUUGCGGGCUGGCCAGUCAGUCGGCGCGGUGAGGGCGGGCGAGCGAGCGGUCGGGAUGUCAGUGAGCGAGCAGAGGCUACCGCUCCGCGCCCAGGAGCCGGUUCUGGACGCCCAGGCCAUGGCUAGGAUGCCGGCGUGGAAGAGGGAGAUUCUGGAGCGACGGAAGGCCAAGCAGGCGGCGGACCGGGACCGGGACCGGGACCGAGCCCGAGCCUCAGCUGCCGGCGGCUGGGCGCAGAGCCCGAACACCGGCCGUGGGUCAAAGCCGCCGCUGGAGCAGGCGGAGGACGGCAGCUCCGUGCUGCUGGAGAGCAUCGCUCCGGUCCAGGAAAACCCGUUCAUCAAGCGGGAGAGGUGGCAGCGGCAGCUGGGCGACCGGGAACCGGGUGGCGGCGCGGCCCCGACCUCAGGCCGCUCGGUGCCGCGGCUCCUGGAGCUGUACAGCCACAUCCCGGGCGUCCGUACCAUCCGGGCCGACAACAUCAUCAUCAUCGAGUCCGACCCCGACUACUUCGCCGAGGCCAGCCCCAGGCACGGCGACUCGCCUCGCGUCGGCAGCUUGAGCGAGCUGUUACCGCGGGACGGCGAGGUCGGCGUGGCCGAGAUCCGAGCCGACGAAGUGUUCGUCUACGAGACGCCUCUGAGCCGCAGCGCGGAGAAUCUGAGCACCCUGGCCACCGAGGAGGCCGGCUCGGGACACCUGCACGGCAAAGUCAGCCGCUUGCUGGAGAAGUUUGACCAAAACUACGUGAAGCCAGCCCGGUCGAGGAGCACGGAUAAUCUGCUGGACGGAUUAUCCGCCAAGGACGGACAGAGCAAGCCAUCCGUGAUGCCAAAACCCCUGGUCCUCUCCAAACACAACCAAGGUCCAGCGCGGUCGGAUGCCCAGCCUAGAUCCUGGGGCAGCUCGCUCUCGGAGGCUGGGCGGUCGCCUGGUCCUGUCGUGAGCAGCGUGUCUCCCCCUCUUUCGAAAUCACUCCCGUUGUCAUCCCCCAAGAGGCACCCUUCCUCCCCGUCUCCAGGCACUACGUCUUCGUUUUCCCACGUUUCCUUAAAGGAUCAAGGUACCAACAUUUCUGCAGACAGACCUUUCUCUGUGUCGUCUUAUCGUAAGCAGUUUGAAGGCUUGCACAGUGAUGGAUGGCAGAAGGAUUUGCUCCCUUGGAAAUCUCCUUCACAGAGGAGUAAUGAGAACGGUGUGAAAGAUUGCACCAACAAGGGAAAUAAGGUAAUAGAGAAUGGUCUUCCUGAAGUUGAUUUUGUGGGGAACCAUGUGAACUCAGUGAAGGAUGGGAAGACAGGGCAGCAAAAUUGGUCAAAUGCAAGUGAUGUUGGGAAUGGCCGGGUGCCCACUCCUCUUAAAGCAUCCGGUGUGGAAGUCUCGAAAGGAACUGAUAAAUGGGGGCCAAAAUGCGAAGUGGAUUCAGGAAAAUCUCCCAAAUCAUGCCCUGAACCCUCACGAACUGUGGCUGAGGUUUGUCAUACCCCUCUGCCUAAGAAUCCCACUCCUCUGGGGAAAGUGGAAGGUGCGGCCAAAGCCACUCCAAACCUAUGCAAUGGCGUGUCUGCUUCCAUGAGUCUCAACAACUCCUUUGAGAUUGUUCCCGCCACCCCGCCAGAUGUUGCGUCAAUUCCAGAGGAUGAUAUCCAAGCAAGAGCGUUGGCAAAUCUUAAGAAGCAAUCCAAGAACUCAUUUUUUGUGAUUCCAAAGAAAAGAGCGGAUGCCUCUGUAGCAUCCAGGGAUAUUUGUGGUUCCGGGGAAGUGAGCAAUAAAUCUGAUGAAAAGCCAAAACCUGGCAUUAAUGCUUCUGCGCCCAUUGUGAUUCAAACAGACAGAAGUUCAAGUGACUCAGAGGAAAACGAUGAAAGAAAAGGAGACCUAUCUGAUGAAGAAGCUCCUCUUCCCAAAGCAGAUUUUGAGAUGAAAGAGACCUUGAACAAACCUAAAUCAAAAGGUAGCUAUGAUGUGUAUUCCACGCACAUGAAUGCCCAGCUUUCAUCCAGUGAAGGAACAUCAAGCAUAUUGCCCACCGAGUUGUCAGAAGCAGAGCAGGAAGCUGAAUCUGGUGUAAUACUGAUCAGAAAAGGUGACCUCCCUGUCACUAACAUAGAUGAUAUUUUAGCUACGGAAGAAACCUUGAAACAAUCAGCCAUUGCAAAGCCAUCUGUAAAGAAGGACAAGUCUCCCAGUGAAUCCUUUGGUGGGUUACACCACCCCUUUAUGCAACGGAAGAGUGGAAAUACCUUCACCGUUGUUCCUCAGCGAAAGCCGGCAAACGGUAGCCAGGAAGCUCCUGCCCAUAAGAGUGAGACCUCUCAUGAUGUGCAGCCAACUGAGGAGCUUGCCAAACUGGGGGCAUUAUUAAAGAAGCGUUACCCAGCUGCUGAAGAUAUUCAGGUGAUAGGAGGCUACCUGUCGUUGGAGAGAUCCUGUUUAUCUAAGAGUGGCUCCACCAGAAAGAAGAUGAAGAUUUCUUUCAAUGAUUCUAGUCUGCACACAACAUUUGAGUACCCCUCUGAGAACUCGCUUAUUCAAGAGGAGGAAUCUGAAGUGAGUGAAGACGAUGAAGAGGAGCAGCUCUCGAUGAGCAGCUUUCCACGUCCCAGCUACACCAGCUCUCCCACGUCUGUGAGCAGCCCCAUUCGGACCAACAGUGUGGCCUCAGCCUUGUCGAACUACACGCCUAAACACACGAUGCCAUUCGAUACAUGGCAGGAGCAGAAGAUGAACAAAACUUUGUCCAGUGGGGACAGCUUGCUGCAGAAAAACGAAUCCGUGACAGAGGACAACAUGCUCACACCAGCAGACAGCAGCUCCCAUUCGGAUUACAGUAGUGAACCAGCGCUAUACUUCUGAUCAGAAGGAGUUGGGACCUAGAGAUAGUAACAGUGCUUUUUUGGGACAACUUUGCCAGUAAUGAUUAGACUGGCAAAUGCAGGCCACGUGCCAUCUGAGAUGUGGCCAGAUGCUCUUCGAAAAGCUCACCCUCCCAAUCGCAGUUCUGUGGGCCACACUUGCAUGUCCCAGGACCAAGUUUAAUUUCAAGAGAGACUCAAUUUGCUUCCGUACAUUCCUUCAGGUAUCUCCUGUGCCUACAAGGAGACCCGUCUCCAGAUUACAUGUGAGACACAGCGGUGUUUAUGUGGCAGCCUUGAGGCUCAGAGAUUUUUUACCGACACACUGAGUUUGCUAUGUUUGCACUUGCUCUUUAAGGGCUCUGACCUGUUUCUAAAUCAUUCCUGGAAACUGCCAGACAAUGGACAUUUGAAGCUUAUUCUGAAAGAUGCUGACUACUCAAUUCCUCACUGGAGAGUUUCAUUUUGUCUUGUCUUUUAUGGCUUUGGCCACCUUUGUCUUUGAAUAUUGGGUACAGAACCUAGUUUGUGUUUUCAGCAGUUGCUUCCAGUUGUAUUUGAGACUGCAAUAUCAUGAAGUGUAUAUAAUGAACCUUUUUGUCAGUAACUUCCAUUGUGCCACAGGUUUAACCGAUGGUGGUACUAGUCAAAGGGUUUGUCUGUUUUCAUUUUUGUGCUUGUCUUUGAGUUUCCUUAAUGAUGUAAUUAACCAUCCUGGCAUUUUUGACUUCUGACUGCCUCCUGGUGAGGUGUAGAGGCUGCGAGAGUGCCAAACCGCUUUGCAUUUGAAAGUGGAAUUUCUUUAUGGAAUGAGUUUAGUGCCAUGUUUUUACUGGUUAGUUUGGGCAGUGGGAGAGAGUUGCUAAAUUCAGAAGGGUUAAGAGUGGCGUUGAAUUUUUCUGUACACCUGCUAUUCCUCAGGAAUUGAAAGUAUGUUAAUGCCUUGAGUGAGAUAUCAGAUUUUUGAGAGGCUUCAAACAGUGAUCAAGGACAAAGCUCUUCUCUCUUUGUGGAUUCGUUUAAAUCUGGAUUACACGUUCUGUACCUGGCGUACAAAGGUCCUUGUAAAUUGGACCUGAUAUCAGUGACUGCUAAUGAGAGCAGAAGUGUUGGAAUUGAAGCAGGAAUCACUUCUAGGCUGCUUGUGGUAUGAUGCCACACCUAAUUAAGGGAUAAUUUGUGUUGAUUCGUGCAGACUUUCCUAUACUAAUAAAAAGAAAUUUAUUCCCAGAUCUUACAAAAAAUGACCCCCAAUUGGGGGGAAAAUGUGAGACCUGAAAUUCUGUUUUACUCCUGUCUACUGAAAUGGUCAUGUGCACUGCUGUAAUGGUGAAAGUCUGCAAGACAUGCUGCUUUAGCCAUUGCUUUGGAGGCUGCUGUUCUUUGAGCUUGAAUGUGUCGGAGCUGGGAAGCAGUUAAUGCCAAUACCAAUUCCAAUGCUGCAGAAAGAAAAACGAAUGACUUAGAUGGAUCUCCAGUUGUACUAGCUGAAUUGUGUGUAGAAAGAUAUUUUACUUGUAUUUGACAUUAGCUGUGAGAGGAAUGUUUAAAGGUGCCAGGCUGCAUUAGUUCCAUGCCAGUUUCCCAAUUGUGCAAAUAAGUAUGUUUCUUAAUUCAUUGGGAUUUGGGGCAAUGAACCAUGAGUGAGAAUCCUCAAGACCUGGGUAACUUAUCUUCGGUUUCCCGAGAAUAUGGAAUGCAAUUUAAAAAAAGUCUAGCCUAUUACAGCUUCCUAAUUAUAAUUAGGUUUAAAAUGUUAGAUGAGGAGUUGGAAAUCGAGCACUUGUUGCAAUUGCACUAGAUUAGCCCUGAUAUUAUCUGGUUCUCUGGUGGUCCAUGAGGUAGAUUCUUCAUUCAUGUUGAAAUGUAAACUUGCAGAAUGCACUCCUUUUUCCCUGGGUUUAAAGCCUGCUUGGGUUGAGGUGCUUGAAGAAACCUGUCUGGCAGCUUUAUAUUGAAGCUACUUUCAAGUACUCUCCCUGUUUUGUCCCCCCAAAGGUUUUUGGACAAAAGUCUGCGGUCUAAAAGCAUUUGCAAUUUUAUUCAUAGUUAAGGAGCCGUCUCCGUCAGGGUGGUGAAUGAGAGCAAAGAUCAUCCACAGCUGGUCAGGGAUGAUGUAGAGGGGUAGGCAUUGUUCUAAUGCUGGUGUUAAGAGUUGAGGCAGUGUCAUAAUUGUGUAAAAGGAUGUGUGAAAUUAUUAUAAACUGACCUGCACUUUAAUACCAAAUUAUCCGUUUUUGAGACUGUAGUCACUGUGCUUGUUUUCGUCUGAGGGUGGGUUUAACUGUGAGUGCUAGCCGACUGCCUGUUAAUGUGUCAAUUAUUCAGAUGCAGACAUAUAUGAGGUAAGGCCUUUACUCAUCCACCCUCUGCUUUUUUCCCACUCCCGCCCAUGUUCUACUGUAAUCCCAUUGAUCUGUGACACAAAAUUAAAAAGAGAAGCACACUGGAAAAUCUAAAAAAACAUCGUCAGGAGAGGGAACCAGGCUAAUCUUUUGGGUGGACUUUUGUGAUCAAAACAUUGUCGAGCAAAAGAUUUCUACCUACACAAUUGAUAUUUUUACUGUUUUAAAUGCUAACAGCACACCUAUAUUGAAUAUAUUCUACUUUUAUUAAUAGAGAGCUAGAGCUUCAGCUGACAGAAUUUACAUUACAGCUACACGUUUUUGAUUGACAGUUCUGAGCACAAGGGCCCUACACCAUCUGACCGAUCUGAAGAAUUUUUGAAGGAAAUUAGCCAUUUCUCUAAAGUCAACACUCCAAGUACUCUAAGACCAACUAACAGCAUUCUUAUUAGGAGAAGUUUAUAGCUCUGGGUGAGUUGUAGGCAUUUUAUUCACAUACAGUGUUUGAAUAAAGAGCCUUCUGUGAGUUUUUUUGAGACAAAUGAGCAUGUCUGACAAAAAGGUUAUCAAAGGAGGGAUGAAUUCUGUGUGCACAUACAAAAAACACUUUGAAAUUGCUUGGCAAGCCAGGGGAGUGCAUCAUCAGAGAUCUGGAUCCAGGGUGAAACUUGUUAUUCCAAGAAAUUCCAUAUGCACUAUACAAUUUUGCACUUAGAGACUGAACUGUAAGGAAGAAAUGGAACUUGCCACCGUCCAGUCAUAAGGCCAAAUGUGUGCUCUUUUAUUAACACUCACCUUUAAUGCAAAUGCUAAGAAAGCACGUUAUAUAAAAGAAAACACCUCAAUUAUGGACACAACAGUCUACUAGAGAAGAGUUUCUUUCAUUAUAGUUAUAUGCAAUGCUUAUUUUGAUAGAAAUUUUGUAUUUUUGGUUGUAGAUGUAAUAAUAUAAUGAUUUAUGAUUUUCAGAGAUGUGAUUGGUUUAAAAUAAAAAAAUACACUGGCUAUAGUAUGUGUGUGAAAAGGCAUCAAAAAUCAAUUUACCUUUAAAUGUAGAUAAAAACAGCAGGACACUACUUACUGCUGUCAUUUGUUCUGACCUGUGGCUGAUCAGUAACUGAACUUGACCAUCUGAACUCUGCCUGACGUUUGGCUUAAGUCCGAGUGAAAUAUUAACAAGUGGUCCAAGACAAACACGUAGCAGGUAAGCUCAUUGCCGCUCAGCCACUUCCAAGCUUCUGUAAGGCUCUGUCAUGGUGCUCACGUAAGUACACUUCUAAUUUGAAAUUUUCUGCCUCAAAACAUUCUUUCAGUCCCCGCCACCUGAACUUCUGCAACUUGGCUCUAACAUUUGUCUUUUACCAGACCUCUUUACAAAAGGAAAACUCUUCAUCAACCAGGAUUCAUUAUUUUAUAUACUUAAUGACACACCACUGGCCUAUUACCUUCCUGGGGAGAAAAAACAGUCUCUCUACUGUCCUAAUACUUCUCACGUCUCUAUGAACUCCUUUUGAGUGGUCGGUGUAUUAGUGGAUUAAAAGUGGGACACGUGUUCAAACUCAGCAGAGUUUAAUUUAGUGAAUUAAAUAAGCCCUUCAUGAAUAUUUGGAGAUAUGUUUAAAUAGGAAUAAGGGUCUACAAACCAAGAACCUGACCUUUGCUUAGCUUACCUGUCCCACUGGCAGUCAGAGUGGCCCUGUGAAAUUAGCUCCAAUAUAGACAAAGCAAGUUGAUGCUGAAUUUCCUCUGGUGCCCUGAUGAAUCAAACUCUUUCAUAUUGAACAACAAGGGCACAGGAUAUAAUAUUGGUGAAGGAGUCUGUUCAUUGUGAAGAAUAUAACAAUCAGGUGUGAUCAGCAAGGGUUAAGAGAGCCAGCAGAAGGGGAGAAGCUAAGUUAAUUAGCUUAACAGUGUGGAAGGUUGAUCCUGACUAAGGUAGAGUUCUGUGAAUCAAUCACCCUCUCUGUUCUAUCUAAUGAGAGCAAAUACAGUGACCUAAUUUAAAAAUCGAAGUAAAGGGAGAUGCAUCAAUGGUUGUCACUAUUGGAGGCUGAUCAUCCCAAUUUGGGAUAUGUCUGCAGGAGUUCCUUAGGAAAUUGUCCUAAGUCUAACAUCUUCAGUUCCUCCUUCAAUGAAUUUCCCCACUUCUGACCCAAUGUUGUAGGGAUAUUUUCUGAAGGUUGACAAUGUUCAAUUCUAUUCACAACUUAACGUCCAAAACAGACAUAACUGAUAAGCAGAAAGCACCAUUUACUAUUCAAAAGUGCCAAGAAAUUACCAUCUUCAACCAGAUGCCUAGAUUUUUUUUUGGAAGCACUACUAUUGUUAAGUCCACCACAGCAACAUCUAGGGAUUCCCAACCUGUGGUCCACAGACCCUCGGUUAAUGGUAGGGGUCCAUGGUAUUAAAAGUGUUAGGACCCCCCCCCACCUGAUCAAAGGGUUCACCAUUGUCAAGAAACUCAACUGAGCGAGGUACGUAAGUUUGAUGAUGAGCAGGUUAGAGGCCGAGCAUCUAACUGCAAGUAACUCGUAUUCUUGACACCCUUAAACUUCUUCAAGGCUCAGGUCAUGAUUAAGUACUCCAUUUGCCUGGGGAGAGUACAGCUCCAAUGACAUUCAAGCAACACUACACCAUCCAGGACAAACCAGCCUGCUUGAUUAGCACCCCAACACAACUUUGAAUAUGCAUCCUCUUCACCACCAUUGUACUAUGACCCCAGGGUACACCAGUUACAACGUGCA